AUGUCACGAUUCCGUUUCGGGCGGCGGGAUUCAUCCGGCGAUGAAGGCCCAUCAAGAAGAUUGGCCAACAGCGCGGUCGCAUCGGCUGGUAAGUUCGAUUUUGAGGUUCAUUUUGAAUAUUGAUGGUCUUGACAUGUCUGUUGGAUUAUUAUAUAGUCUGAGGAGCUGGAAAAUUUGAGAAUUUUGUGGGAAAUUUACUAAAACACUGGUUUAUAAUGCAAUAUGUAUAAAAAUUUCAAUUUUUGGUCGUUCAAGCCGUUUUUUAUUCAAAUAUCUGAUGGCUGUUUGAUAGAUAAGAGCGUUGAGAACUUCCAUUUUGAAGUAUUAACUCAGACAGUUCGAAAAAUUUUGCUGAAAAAAGUGCAUAUUGAAUUGCACCGUGCGGCGAUUUUUUGUUACCUAAUUUUAAUUCGAAAUGGGCAAUUUGAUCAGCGAGAGUCCUCGAAGGUCAAAAUGGAUGACUAUUAAAUCGUGUAGAUUAUGUUACACUACAAAAUAUUUUUUAUAUUAAUUUAGACAUCUAAAUGAAAGCUUGUUCUAAUACCUAAAUUUUGGUGAUCUUCCUAAUUUUUAGAGCCUUUCUUAAGUUUUCAACUCAUUCUAUACAACCCUCCCUCUUUUCAGCUCCUCAAAAAUAAAAAUUUUCGAACUUUUAAAAAUCCAUCCGCCAAGUAUAACAUUCCCCCAAAAGAACGUCUCAAAAAUCCCCCCGAUCAAAAGUCGUAAUGCGACAAAAAACGGCGUAUGUGCUUUCGGCUAGACCUUUAUGAUCUGCCGGGUCAAUUGGCUCAAAGUUUUGUUGGUCAAGGGCUCUCUAACUUGUUGAUUACUCAAUCCUGGCCUGCGAAAUGUGCAAAUAAACGGAUGGAACGAGUGGGAACUCUUCCGUUCUUUGUGUCAAAUCCCGUGAAAUCCUCUGGCUUUGCGGUUUAUAAACUCGAACGUCGGGGAUUUCCGAUCUUCGCGGGGCCAGAGGGAUUUUCGAUCUUGUGCAAGGGACUACCUAAAAUAAGGUCGGAAAUUUGGUGAAUGACGUCGGAUUGUGUUUAAAUUUUUCAUAGCGUCCCUACAUGAACUCUAUUUUAAAUUCUGAAAGUUUGAGGGUGAACUUUACAAGAAUAACCGAGAUAUGACUGUAUUUAGCAGGAUACGUGCACUAAAAAAGAUGUUAAAAGUGCUAGACGAAAUUGAUUUAUUAGCUAUUAUUCUUUAUCCAAAACAACCCAAAAUCAUGAUUUUUGAUGAAAUUUCAGUCUGUCGGGAAAAUAAUGUGGAUUCGUCGUGCCUUGGACAUUCUGCUGCGACAAAUCCACAUUGCUUUCCCGACAAACUGAAAUUUCAUUAAAGAUCAUGAUUUUGGGUUGUCUUGGAUAAAGAGUUUUAGCUAAUAAUAUUUUUUCGCUUAAUUCCAUGAAGGUGGGAGUCUUGAAACAAAGAAAAGAACAAAAGUCAAGAAAACAGUGAAAAUAACAGUCUGUCGGGAAAAUAAUGUGGAUUUGUUGCGCCUUGGAAUCGCCCAUCAUCGCUUUGCGACGGCUAGCCGAGGCUGGAGAUUUAGUGCUUGGCUUCGACGAGACAUUUUUCUGCGACAAAUCCACAUUAUUUUCCCGACAAACUGAUGUUUUCACUGUUUGCUUGACCUUUGUUCUUUUCUUUGUUUCAAGACUCCCACCUUGAUGAAAUUAAGCCUCAAUGAGUGCUUUAGCUAUGAAUAAUCCGGCGAUAUUUUCCUUUUCCGACAAUAUUUGGGGUGGUCUUUGUGCUUUUUAUUAAUUUUUUUCGGUGAGAUCUUGUAUUGAGCAAAAAUUUUUAAUUUAUAAUACUAUAACGGCAUCAAAAAAAUUAAAAUUUUUCAUUUCUUAUGCAGGUUUAUGACUGUAGCUUAUGAUUUCGAACCAUGGGCGGGAGCUGAGUUUAUUUGUUUUCCCUGCAAAAUAUCAAUUUCUUAUCAGCAUGGGGGCAUCAUAAGAACAUCAGGGAGAAAUCUAAUUUUCUUCGCUGUUCUAUGAGAAAAGCGGGCUAAAAUCAAAGUUCUACAAUUUUUUUGGGCAAGCGCUAAGCCUGAAAUUUGAUUCUAAUACACUUGAAGCUACUGAUUUGUAAAUAUUUUACUUGAAUUUCAAUUUUUUUAUUAAAAAAAUCGAAAUCUACCGCUAUAUUUGUCUAAAAUACGCUUCGAAAUCAUGGUAUUCUCCUCCAUACCUCUCCUUUUCACCCCAUCAAUCUCGAUUCGUCAGAAAUUUUUGAUUUCGGACACUUUAUCCGCCCUGAAUCCAGAUUGGUAUUCGAAGGAUGCGGCCAAGCGAAUCUACCGCGCGUUUCAUCAGCAUCCGGAUGGUCUAAAGUCGGAGGACCGGCUGAAAAAGUUGAUCAACGAAUUUGGCGACGAAAAAAUGAGCCAGACCGAGAUUCUGGAGCGACUUUUGGCCAACGCUGAUCUAGAGGAAACGUUGAAUGAAAUUGAAAAUGAUAAUGAGGUGGGUUGGUGGUGAUGAUAAAGUAAUAUCAGUCUGUCGGGGAAAUAAUGUGGGUUUGUCGUGCCUUCAAAUGGCCCUUAAUUUCGAUCCGGCUGGAGAUUUGGUGCGCGGCUGCGACGAGGUGAGACACAUUGCUGCGACAAAUCCACAUUAUUUUUCCCGACAGACUGAUAUGAUGUAUUCUUAAAGAUACGGGUUGUCGUGUUAUUGCCUGUUACACACAAGGUUUUGGUUUCGGAGAUACCCAAGGAUCCCUUGCGAGUCAAAAAAACGACCUCAAAAGGGAUCCCAAUUACCUCUUCAAAAUCAACAUUCCUUUUGCCUCUAUGUGAAGCCUUUUUCCUUGAAGUUCAGAAGCUUUUUGAUUUUUUUUUAACGUUUCCGCCGACUGUAAUCGGGCAUAAAUACGGAUUGUCCAGUUAUUGCUUCUUACAUCCAAGGUUUUGCUUUCGGAGUUCGACAGACAGUUCCAGACAUGAUCAUGUGUCAAAAAACGCAUUCAAUUGCAUAAUGGAUGCAAUAAAUUGUAUCCCUUUGCAUCCCGUCUCUGCCCGAAAAUAGUGUUUCCCUUUGAUGAGACGCCAAUCAGUUGCCAUUUUGGAAGUAAAAAGGGAAACCAAAAAUGUAUCCCCUCCUUCCUAAAAGGGCAUCGGUCUUGGCUCUCUUCAAAGGAGGACACUAUUUUCGGGCAAAGAGGGGAUGCGAAGGGAUACAAUUUAUUGCAUCCAUUAUGUAAUUGGAUGCGUUUUUUGACACAUGAUCAUGUCUGGGACUGUCAUUCGCAACUUCGAAGUCAAACCCUUGGAUGUAACAAGCAAUACUCGACAAUCCGUAUUUAUGCCCUAUCCCAGUCGACGGGAAGGUUGAAAAAGGAUCAAAAUGGUUCCGCACUUGAAGGAAAAAGAUUUCACAUAGAGGCAAAAGAAUGUUGACUUUGAAGAGGUUAUUGGGAUCCUUUUUGAGGUCGUUUUUUUGACCCGAAAAGGAUCCUGGGGUAACCGUGAAGUUGCUCCCCCUUCAAACUCUUUUUCUUUUCGGUCGGACUUGUGUCAAAUUGGUGCCCAGCAGAGAUUGCCACGGCUCCGGAGCCGGCUCUUGGCUCCGGCUCUGAGCGGCUCUGGCUCCGAGCCGGGAGCCAGAGCCGGAGCCGGAAAUUUUGGGGUCGGCUCCGGCUCCCGAGCCCAAAGUCGGAGCCAGGCUUCCCAGCGCACUGCGGGUCGGGUCAAGUUUUUUUCAUGGGGUGGUCAAGUCUUUCCCCUAAUAUUAUUUUUUCCCCGAAAUUCAGACUGUUAUAUGGGAGGUUAAUCAAGGUAAAUCUGGUCAGUUCUUGUUGAUUAUUUCAAGAACAAGUCUUAUUCUAUUUUUAGAAAUCAAAUUUGAUUGAAUUACGGUGUGGGUUUGCCUCAAUUUUUAGCAUUCUUUGGGGGUAUGUAUUCUAUACCUAAAUGAUCAAUUGUGAGACAGUUUCAAGUCUGAUUUACGAUAUCGUUUCCAUUUCACCUUCGGACGUACGCCACCUGUCCAAUAAAGGUAAGUAACUGUGAAUCUGGUAGUCCGUUUUCUAGAAAUUAAAGAUUUUGUAUAUUAUACUAGGUACUUUUGAAGAUUUUUGUUGAGAUUUGCCAAGUUUUCGGCCUGGAUUAGAUUAUUUAGCGUAAUAUUGGUCUCUAGUGCCUAUAAAAACGUAAGUGGACAGGUUUCUCCUUCUCUUUUAGACUUUUUCUUUGUGUCCAAAGUUGAUGCAGAUUUUAGGUAGAGAUGAAAUUCAACGCCCAAACUAUGCGGAAUUUUCAUAAAAAUCAAAGAAAAUACUUUCGAGGAUCAUCAAGCGAAGCAAAAAUGUGUUUGAGACCAAUCUAGCGUUUUUUUCAGGCGGAUGUUAUACAUGAUCCCUGUAACGUAUAACAUCUGGAUCACAUCUGUGAAGACCUCUGGUGAUGGAAAACGUGGUUAGGACAGUAAAAUUAAUAUGUUGGACGUGAUUUUGAGGGAAAACCAGGCAAAUCCCGUACAAAAUUUUCUGAAUAACCUAGAAUAAUAUACAAAAUCUUUAAUUACUAAAAAACGGACUACCAGAUUCACAGUUACUUACCUUUAUUGGACAGGUGGCGUACGUCCGAAGGUGAAAUGGAAACGAUAUCGUAAAUCAGACUUGAAACUGUCUCACAAUUGAUCAUUUAGGUAUAGAAUACAUACCCCCAAAGAAUGCUAAAAAUUGAGGCAAACCCACACCGUAAUUCAAUCAAAUUUGAUUUCUAAAAAUAGAAUAAGACUUGUUCUUGAAAUAAUCAACAAGAACUGACCACAUUUACCUUGAUUAACCUCCGAUAUAACAGUCUGAAUUUCGGGGAAAAAAUAAUAUUAGGGGAAAGACUUGACCACCACAUGAAAAAAACUUGACCCGACCCGCAGUGCAGCGGUCAGAAAAGUAAAAAUUUCGUGAUCUUGUUAAACCAAAUUGCUUGAAGAACACUGCGGAGAAUGUGACUUGACUGCAGAAACGUUGGCUGUAUGAUCUCUGGCACUAAUAACUUUUAUUUUUGGAAAAAUAUUUUUAAAAAAACAUUUUGCAUGGGAGCCGGGAUUCGGAGCCGGAGGCCUUUUUAAAUUUUGCACGGAGCCAAGAGCCGGAGCUGCAAAUUUGGCCUCGGCUCCGGCUCUGGGAGCUAAGAGCCGGAGCCGGAGCCGACAUUUUGACCGUGGCAAUCUCUGGUGCCCAGUUUGAUCUUGUUUUUCACCCUUUUGCAGACUGAAGCCAGCGACGAAGUUUUGUGCCUUUUUGUGUAUUUUGCUCAAAAAUUUUUAUUGACUUUAAUUAUUUUUUCAAGGGUAAACAGAAGUUGAUAGCCGCCUCACUGUAAACUUGAUAAUUUUAUGAUGAUAAGCGCUAAUUUUUGCAAAGAAAUUUUCCUGAAAAACCAAAGAAACAUCCGACUUUUCUGUUUUUCAAAGACUGUAUUAAAAAUAAGUGCUUAUCAUUACAAGAAAAUGGGGAAAAAUAACAAACAAAAGGUCAGAACACUAAAAAUUUAUGCAUUCGAAUCGCAGAAUAAUUGAGAUUCGUAUUUUAGGACCCGGAAGAGCAGGAAUUUGUGGAAAAUGUUAUGCCAAAAGUCCUCGAAGAGCGGAUAAAGCAGCAUAAAAAGGUGAAUUCCCUAGACAGUCUUGUCGAGUACUUGCUGGACAAGUUGCAUCAACAAUGGAGGACUCUAAUCUACGCGGUGUUCCCGCUGCAUCAACUUCAAACUUUGGUGUUGAUCUGUUUGGUGCAGUUUAUAAGGUAAAAGUUCCCUUGCAAGAAAAACAUAAAAAAAUUACAGUUUGCAAACCAAAAUUUUUUGACAAUAUUGCUUACAGUGGCGGACCUGAUCCAGUGGCAAGAAAUGUGCCAUUUUGUAUCCGGGAAGUAUCAAAAAAUGUAGCAAAAUACCUCCCUCUUCAAGUGAAAAAACUCCGUUUCUACAAAAAGAGCGGGCGCGCUUUUGAAACCGGAAUUUUUCACUUGUAGAGGGAGGUAUUUUGCUACAUUUUUUGAUACUCCCGGAUGCAAAAUGGUACGUUUUUUGCCACUGGAUCAGGUCCGUCACUGUACUUAUCCUCUAAACCUCUAAAAACACCAAUAUUUUAGUGUUGGAACAAUUGUCAACACCCUACCCAUAAUCGCGGCAUACAUCUCUUUCUUUUUUAUGUUCUACUUUACCCUCAAAAUGUUCCAUGACAAAACAAUUGUCAAGGAAAAGCUCGUGUGGAGCCGAGUUUUUCGCUUGUUUGAUAAGAAAGAAGCCGAUCGAACCUCGGAUACCUACUUUCAACUGGUCAAUUGGGAUCCGUACAUCUACUUUUUCAUCUCUUUGUUCUUUUUCCUCUUCUCCGUCGGCGCUGCGGAAAAGGUUUUGCCAAAUUCCAUCUUGUUUUGUGGAAUUUCCCUGUUCUUGGGCGCACUGUGCUUUGUGGCGUUGGCCGAUGACAGCGAUAAAUAUGCGUUAUUGGCGAUUUUGGCCAACUUUUUGUCAUGGUAAGUGGUUUUAGGGGGUUGUAAAUUUUGUCGAGUCAAAAAGUGGCUUUUUGUUAUCCAUUGCAUUGGUUUGAAGAGAUAAGUGAAAUGCUUGAGUUGCGACUCUCAGGUUUUUUUUCAAAUUUUGCAAAGCUAAUUUACUUUGUUCACAUAUCAAUGCCUGAAAAUUUUAGCUCGCGCUUUGCAGAAGCAGCCGAGAUAUUCAACGAUCUUUGUAGCCGAGAGACUACAGUUUUUGUGCUCUCUCGCCUUCAAAGAUUGUUGAAUAUCCCGGCUGUCUCUGCAAAACGCGAGCUAAAAUUUUCAGUCAUUGAUAUGUGGACAAGGUAAAUUAUAUUUGCGAAAUUUGAAGAAAAUCUGAGGGUCACAUUAUGAAAACGUCCUUGCUGUUCCUAUUAGACCUCCAGGAAUCACCAAGGAGUGAAAAAAGCUGAUAUUUUCAGUGUUCCGAUCAUCUUGUCCAAGAUGAAGAUCUCAAUUGGCUUCUGGCGCCUUUGGAAGCCACUUUUCGAACUCAAACUUGGUAAGGAUUCGUCUAUCUAUUAGGUCGUCCAGAAAGUUCGUUCGUUUUUUUCAUUGCUUUCGUUUACGAGGAUUUUUUGUUGUUUGACAAAGCGUAUAUAUUUAUUUGAUACAGCCAGUUUUGUAGAGGAGAAAAAGCUGUACCAAAUAAAUAUAUUCCAUUUGCCAAAGAACAAACAAUCCUUGUAAAACAAAGCAAUGAAAAAAAGAACGAACUUUCUGGACGACCUAAUAUCUCACUGACAACUUUUCUGACCUCUAAAAUUAAUUUCUCAGGUAUGCUCCGCGUAUCAUUUUCCCUCCCCGCCAUUUCACUGCUGGCAGUCCCCAUAAUCUACAUAAUUAUGGCCAAGAAACGCCAUCAAUCCGCGGACUUCUUCCGCAUUGUGGUCCCUCAGAUUGUUUGCAUCGCCUGGAUGGACAUCGCAAUGACCAUGUGGCUGAUUGGCUACAGGUAUUUCAAUCUACCGGGACUUGUUCUGACCGGCGCCUUGGUCUCGCUGGUGGUGUUCCCGUCGUUCGUUGGAGUCGUGUUGGCUGCUGGCAUUGGCAUUAGUCAAUUGAAAAGUGCUAUUGAGUUGGUAAGGAGGUUGGAAAAUUGCGCAGUGCUGUUUUUCAAAAGUUGCACAGUGCGAAAUCUUAUUAUUUUUUUGCACUGUGCAGCCAAAAAAAUGAGUGCACUGUGCAAAUUGAAAAUUUUUUUUUUUUGCACGGUGCGAUUAUGAACAAAGAAAAAUUGUUCGCCCAGUAUGUAAGGAGGCUGUAAUCCGGGCCCGGCUAACGAUUUACAAACCCGCAUCCGGGCCUGGAAAGCCCGGCGGGAAAAAUUUCUUGUCUGAUUUAUUUAUUUUGGAAAUUUUUAUUGUUUGAAAAAUGUCCUAGCCGGAUUUUUUUUGAAUGCCAAGAAACCCUUGGCAUUCUGUUUUUACCAUCACAAAUAGAAAAAUGUUGACCGCACCGUGCAGUUUCAAAAAAAUCUUUGCACAGUGCAAUCUGGAUUUGAAAAGUUCAUCUUGUUCAAGAUGAAAUUUUAGUGUUUUUAUGUAAUGAUAAGCCCUGAAAAUGUCGUCAGAACGCUUCAUAUAUAUAGCUUACCAACCAAUUUACGUAAACGUCACUUUACUGAUAAGACUCGAUAACGAACAUUGGUUAGGGUUUUCAGAUCACAGCCAUCAAACUCUCGAUUACGAUUGGAGUGCUGCUACUGCCUUUCUUCUUCCGCAAAAUAUAUCAGAAUUUCGCCAAGCGGUUCAAGUUCAAAAGUAAGAAUUUUUUGAAUUUUUUUUUGAGUUUUAAAUUUUGAAAAUAGAUUAGUAAAUUAUGACGUUUUAUCCUUUUUUUAGUGGGCUCCGUCGGAAAACAUUGGUCUCUGCUGGCGGUUUACAUCGUUGCCUUGGUGAUGGCCAUCUCCUUCAUGUACGAAGGAACAAACGCUUUCGAUUCCAAUCAAGAAGCCACCAACAUGACCUGGCCUCAGUUUGAGAAGUUCUGCGGCUUCAGUGGAGCCAACAUCAUCAAAAGUCAGGAGCAAUGUAGUCAGCUGAAAGGAACGGCCGUCAAUUGGAAGGGUCAAAUCCAAUCGGUUCGGAUUGUUUCGAUCGAUAACUCCUUCGAAACGUUGUUGGAUUUCCUCCCGGAUACGAUUGGGCAAACGCUGAGAUGCUUCUAUGACACGGAUUCAGCGGACACUCAGGCUUUACCUCAGGUAUGAGGCAAACAAAAUUCGGUUUAAAAAAUAACUUUUCAUCACAGCGGAGAUUUUAAACGGGAUUUUUUUUUGAGAGAGUACGAAAAAAUGAGAGAAUCGGCUAGACGAAGAAGGUUUUUUGGCGAUGUCUUUGCAAAUAUCACAGGGAUAAAAUAGAUUUUUUUGUAGAUGAAUUGUACUUAUUCCUUGUUCGGAUUUUUUGAACCCAAAAAUCGAGAUUUUGGUCGAAAGUUUCCGAAAAUGGUCAUUCUGUACCCAAUAUCGCAAAAAAAGGACCAUUUUUCGGAAAGUUUCCAUCAAAAUCGCGAUUUUGGGUUCAAAAAAUCCGAACAAAGAAUAAAUACAACUACUCUACAAAGCAUCUAUUUUUUCUAUGUGAUAUUUGCAAAGACAUCGCCGAAAAACCUUUUUCGUCUAGCCAACCCUCUUAUUUUUGCGUACUCUCUCAAAAAAUACCGUUUAAAAUCUCUGCUCUGAUGAAAAGUUAUUUUUUGAACCGAAUUUAACCUGUUCUAUCAUUUUUUCAGGGAAUGACUCCCAAUGAAUGCUCCCUGACCAUUCAUAACAUUUACACCUUCGAGAUAGAGGUCACCGGCCCCUAUGGAGAGCGGCUGAUCAGCAGCAACAAAGGCCAAGUUCUUCUACAGGCUUCAAAUUUGUUCAAGGAUAUACUUCAACUCAUUGAAGAGGGAGAUGUGGUCAGAUUUGUCGGAUAUUUCGAUCAAUACCCGAUCUUCAGCUAUCCCCCACGACUGAAGUUGCUGCAACUGGAAUGUGAGACUUGUAAAAAGGUGAGAGAGUGGGAUUGGCGGUACAGUUACGGACCUGAUCCAGUGGCAAAAAUCAUACCAUUUUGCAUCCGAGAAGUAUCAAAAAUGCAGCAAAAUACCUCCCUCUCCAAGUGAAAAAAACUCCGAUUUUAAAAGCGCGCCCUCUACAGGGUGCGGCAAAAAAAUGGAAACUUAUUUUUAUAGCUAUAUUUUUCCUAGCAAUCCAAAUUCCGCAAAAGUAACGGUCAUCUUCAAUAAGAUAGAGCAUUGUUUAUAACAUAUUCAACCCGUUUUACCGUGGCUGCUUUUGGAGGCGAUAUAGAGCUCCAAACGUGACUUAAAAUUUUGGGCUUUUGGCCGCAGCUUUUUUCGGGGAAAUCGGUUCCGUUCUUGGCGCAGCAUUUACUUUGCGACUCCAAACUUCUGUGGCGUGUAGUACAGAUGUUGGUCUCCAAUUGAAAAAAAAAUUAUAGCCCAUUGGAUCCAUACCCGGCGAGCAGGCGCUCUUUUCGCAGACGGGGUGAAAUUGGGAAAAUCGGUCUCAAAAUCGGUCUUGACGCGUUGUUGCCCUGUGAGUCGGCGCUGAGUCUAGUUGGAACCUCAAAUUUGCGCUGCCAAGGUUCUACUGAGCCAACAGAAGCAUGACGACAUCGAAGUUAACGCGGUGCUAGAAUUUUGCCCGCUUGAUCCACGAAAAUAUCGGAAUUCUUGCCGCUGGCACAAAUUCCCCCUUAGGCGAUGACGGCCUUUGUUUUGACGGUGUUCGUCGUUAGCCGACGUGCAGGGCGCCUCAUCGGAUUGGACUAUGACGUUCUGUUGGUUGUGCACCCGCCAAAGAUUGCACCGCGAAGGGAAUGCGCUCCCAUCGCGGACCUGCGGCCCGACGUCGGAAUUUUUGGCACUUUUUCAGGCGUACGGGCUUGAUCUUGCCGAUUAGGAGUUGGGCAUUUCAUAGCUUGCGUUGGGAGACUUUGAGUUGAUUUUUAGCUAUUUGGCCGACUGGUCGGUCGCUGAUACCGGUCUCACGGGCAAUUUUUUCUCGAAAUCGACGGAUUUCGCUAUUGAUGACUCCGCGGCUGGCAGAAGUGUUGGCGGUGCGUUUUCUUUCGCUUACUGGACGCUUAAAAUUGUCAAAAAGCUCCCUGCAUUGUGUGAUUACUUUGGACACAACGUGCUUUCUAUGCCGGGCAAAUUAACAGUUCGCACAGGUAAAAAACAGGUCCGAAAUCGAGGUCCCUCUGUUUGUCAUUCAAAAAAAUAAUGUUAAUAAACCGAUAUGGACAUGAAAUUAUAAGGUUUAGGAGAGAAAGCUACGUAGAAUUUAAUGGUAUGAAAAUAAUUUUGCUGCACUUAAAAAUUUUUGCGUCAAGACCCAAUGAAAAAAGUUUCCAUUUUUUUGCCGCACCCUGUAUUUUUGUGACGGAAAGGGCACGCCCUUCAAAACGGAGUUUUUUAGUUGGAAAAGGAGGCAUUUUGCUACAUUUUUUGAUGCUUCCCGGAUGCAAAAUGGUUCAUUUUUUGCGACUGGACAGGUCCGCCACUGUAAAAUAGGAGUACAAAAAAUAUUUUGACCUAUUUUUACAACCUUGUUUUAGCUGAUCAACAACAAGAAAAACAAGGCUCUGAAGGUGACCAGCGUCAAGAAAGAGAACAAAAGAAUUUGGAACCGAAUCAACUAUGCGUUCAGAUUCAUGUUCAAUUUUAUCUUCUCUCCGGUGUUGUACAUGAGCUAG